GCGGAUGAUUUAAUGUUUUGUUAGAUAUUGAUUCUUCUGAGUUUGAGGUGGCUGUGAUUUAAUCGCUUUGAGAUCCAUUUCACCUCAAUCAAAUACGUUUUAGCGAAAGGACGACGAAAGACCAUGGCUACACACAUGAAUGUCACCGAAAUCAACACUCCGAUAACAGUAGAACGCGAUGAAAACAGUUUACCAUACGACUAAAUGGCUCUCAUGACUGUGCGGUCCUCUUGUAUGAGUAUGUCAGGAAGAAGACUGGACCUGCAGCAUACGGAGGUUCCAGGCGCCUACAGAGGGAGAGGCAUUACCAAGAUGCCAUGGAUUUUGCGGUGGAAGAGGAUCUGAAGGCUCACCUGACCUGCUGGUACAUCUAGAAAUAAGUCAGAGAAUCCCCAACCUCAAUACCUGGAGCAUAUCCACCCAAUGUGACCCCAUGACAGAGCGGAGAGAGAGACUGAGGUAGAAAGCAUGGGCUCAUGCUUUUGGUUUGGAGGGCUUUGUGCUCUGUUUUAUGGGAGAGGGCAACUAUACUAGACCUAUCCCUAUCUCUACGGACAUAAAGACUUCCUGUUGGAGAGCAGUGGUAGAGGAACUGUCCGAGUGCCAUUGUCAUUACUCGCGGCCUGUCCAUGGGCAUGAACGUUUGUGUGUGUGUGUGUAAAAACAAAGGAAUGUUGCAGAGUCUUUCUGCCCCCAAGGCUGUCUUAUCUAUACAUUAGCAAGACUGUGUGCAGGAUUCCUGUUUUUUGUACUGUAAGAAGCAAUGUCUCCAUCACACUUCGGCAGUAUUGCUUUCAUCUAUCCUGUCUUGGCUGGUCCUUGAAGAGGAGUGAACAAUGGCAGGAGGAAGGGAACAGCUUUCUGGAGUGAAAUGCAACCCUGAUCAGUCAGUUCUUUAGUUUCAAUGUUUGUCCUCUCGUCAAAACCGGAAAGACAAAAAACAGCUGUUCAUCAGGACCUUGAUUAGCUGAGUAGAACCUUCAUUGACAGUUGGGGUGAUCUUCUGUCUGUAAAAGCACUAAUUCAGGGCUGUUCUACUACAGUUCAAAACUUGACAUUUUGUCUAUACAGUUUACAAGCAUAGCAUAAGAAAGCAGAAAACAAAAUUCCAAUAUCAGGUGACAGUUUUUACCCUUUAUUUUUUAUUUGCUGAGUAUCUUAAACUGCAGUAGGGAUUCUCUCUGGCUUUGACCUAGGUGAGAUAUACUAUUUGCUUGGUGACUGAAUGCAUACUGGUCAGGUAGGCAGUAAAACUGAGUCUUCAGAGGUUGGCUCUCUAGGUCUACUGUCUGAUAGAGAUGGGUAUAAAGUCUGCACACUGAUAUUAUUUUAGAUGUCUAUCUAUGUCUCUUAUUUUAAACUGGCUAAUAAUUGAAAUGUUGAUUUACAAUCAUUUAGAAGUGCCUUCUACAUUUAAAGUUUCCUAGUAUACUUCACCUCUUUAGAAUACCAUGGUGAUUGAUUUAACAAGGUGCACCUUUAAAAUGUAAUAUAUUGGAGAGGGAAGCAGGCUAAAGAUUUGCACAUGUCACCUUGGUUUACACUUCCCAGUGUAUAGAGUUCUACACCAUGUGUGCGAUUUAAACCAGAGAUCAACUCACUAGAGAAGCUUGGACAGGACACAAUAUGGAUGAGUAUACCAACCUGAGGCAGUGUGACAGUCAGUUGCAUAGAAUCUUAGUGUUAUUUUAUUUUAACUAGGUAAGUCCGUUAAGAACAAAUUCCUAUUUACAAUGACGGUCUACCGGGGAACAGUGGGUUUAACUGCCUUGUUCAGGGGGCAGAACGACAGAUUUUUACCUUGUAAACUCGGGAAUUCGAUUCAGCAAACGUUCGGUUACUUGGCCAACGCUCUAACCACUAGGCUACCUGAGUGUAGCCCAUAAGGGAAAUAGCAAGUGGAAUAAUUUACCUGCUGCGCAACCUGGCUAUAGAAUGGUUUGUCCUAGCGGAGUCCCAUAGUGUUGUCCUUGCUUGCGAUUGGUCAUCUCCCAACUGUUACACAAGACAUGAACAUGAUUUGUGUAUGCAGCAUUUACCGCAUUUGUGUUGAGCACAUUUUGCCUUACAGUUUACGUCAAAAGGUACUAGUGUAGUAAAUUAAACUGACCUCUACAUUUAAACAUGGUGUAAAUAAUGAGUGGUACAUCCUACAUGCAUUAAAUUAAUUAUGGAAAAUGUAGUUUGACAAAGUACAUGAAGUCGUCCUAGCAGUGUAUUGGAAGUAUUGCAUACACUACAUAUCCUAGCUUGCACCGCGUCGACAGCAGUCGUGUGUUGGUUCUCCAAGAUGGCGUCGUUGGGAAGGAGGCGCGGUGUCCAAGUCAACAGGGAGAGGGGAGUGAUGGCGGCAACGGACUGCUACAUCGUUCACGAGAUCUACAACGGGGAGAAUGCGCAGGACCAGUUUGAGUAUGAGCUGGAGCAGGCACUGGAGGCACAGUACAAGUACAUUGUGAUCGAGCCCACGCGCAUUGGCGACGAGACGGCCCGCUGGAUCGCCGUGGGCAACUGCCUGCACAAGAUGGCCGUGCUGUCUGGUACCGCCUGCCUCCUGACGCCGCUCUCACUACCGCCCGAGUACUCGCGCUACGUAGCACUGCCCACUGGUGCCCUCAGCGUGGCAUGCUCCACCCUCUAUGGAAUCUCCUGGCAGUUCGAUCCCUGCUGCAAGUACCAGGUGGAGUACAACAGCCAAAAACUCUCGCGGCUGCCCCUGCACACACUCACCUCCUCCACGCCAGUGGUGCUGGUGCGCAGGGACGACAUCCACAGAAAGAGACUCCACAACACGAUAGCGCUGGCCGCCCUGGCCUACUGCGCCAAGAAGAUCUACGAACUCUACGCGAUUUUUGUCUUUUAGGUUUACUCACUCUUUGGAACAAAGACAAAGUCAAGACCUUUAAACAUACUUGUUUGGUAAUCCCUCACCAGUCAAAGUUGUUAAGGACAAGACAGACCAACACGAGCGCAGCAAGUCCUAUUGCCUUUAUUAAUUUCUCAACUACUCUACAUGUUGAUUCGCCAUCAUUGUGUUGGUCUGUCUUGUCCAUUACACAUGCAGUCAUGGGUAAAAAUCCUGUCCAAAUGGAGCUCUUUGUGGGGACUUGCUGUGAGUGUAUGAGUGGGUUGUGUAUGUAAGGGACAUGUACACUACCAUUCAAAAGUUUGAAAUCACUUAGAAAUGUCCUAGUUUUGCCACCCGGGUGGCGCAGUGGUUAAGGGCGCUGUACUGCAGCGCCAGCUGUGCCAUCAGACUCUGGGUUCGCGCCCAGGCUCUGUCGUAACCGGCCGCGACCGGGAGGAGCCGUGGGGCGACGCACAAUUGGCCUAGCGUCGUCCAGGUUAGGGAGGGCUUGACCGGUAGGGAUGUCCUUGUCUCAUCGCGCACCAGCGACUCCUGUGGCUGGCCGGACGCAGUGCGCGCUAACCAAGGUUGCCAGGUGCACAGUGUUUCCUCCCGACACAUUGGUGCGGCUGGCUUCCGGGUUGGAUGCGCGCUGUGUUAAGAACUUUCAACCUUCGUCUCUCCUGAGCCCGUACGGGAGUUGUAGCGAUGAGACAAGAUAGUAGCUACUAAAACAAUUGGAUACCACGAAAUUGGGGAAAAAAGGGGGGUAAAAUUCAAAAAAAAGGGGGGGGGGUGUCCUAAUUUUGAAAGAAAACCAAAACAAUUUUGUUCUUUAAAAUAACACAAUUGAUACAUUGUACACCAGAAAUACAUUGUAGAUAAUUGUUAAUGUUAUAAAUUACUAUUGUAGCUGUAAACAGCAGAUUUUUUUAAUGGAAUAUCUGCAUAGGUGUACAGAGGCCCAUUAUCAGCAACCAUCACUCCUGUGUUCCGAUGGCAUGUUGUGUUAAACUUGAAUUAGCUAUCAUUUUAAAAGACUAAUUGAUCAUUACAAAAUCCUUUUGUCAUUAUGUUAGCACAGCUGAAAACUGUUCUGAUUAAAGAAGCAAUAAAACUGGCCUUUGGAGUAUCUGGA